AUGGAUUCGCACGCCGUCACUAAAACCGACUACAAAAGUUAUACCGGGGCAUUCACCUUACUUCACCUCACACAUCUCCAGCCCGUGCAGGUGUCGCACCUCUCGUUCACCUCCACACAUGGCGCACUUCCCGAGGGCCCGCACGGCUCCGGGAAAAGCCCCACAGCGAUCGUCAUGCUCAACAUGGGCGGACCGUCUACCGUCUCGGAAACACACGACUUCCUCAAGAACCUCUUCCUGGACAAUGACCUCAUUCCUUUGCCUUUCCAGUCCAUCAUCGCACCAUUAAUUGCGCGCCGGCGGACACCCAAAAUCGAACAACAAUAUACCGACAUCGGCGGAGGGUCUCCCAUCCUGCGCUACACGCAGCUGCAGGGCGAGCGCAUGGCCGCGAUUCUAGACGAGUUGCACCCCUCCACCGCACCGCACAAAAGUUAUGUCGCCUUUCGUUACGCGAAGCCGCUGACAGACGCUACGGCGCAACAACUCAAGGCGGAUGGUGUGACGCGCGCGGUCGCGUUCACCCAGUACCCGCAGUACAGCUGUAGUACGACGGGAAGCAGCCUGAACGAGCUGUAUAGGAAGGGUAAAACUGGUGCGUUCGGUGAUGGGGUUGAAUGGAGCGUGAUUGACCGCUGGGGGACGCAUCCUGGGUUCAUUGAGGCUGUUGCACAAAAUAUCGAGCGCGCACUCGCGAAAUUCCCGGAGUCGACGCGUGCCGACGCGGUACUGCUGUUUUCUGCGCACUCGUUGCCGAUGUCAGUCGUCAAUCGUGGCGACCCAUAUGUGCUCGAGGUGUCGGCGACGGUUGCGGCGGUGAUGGAACGUCUGAAGCACACGAAUCCAUACCGCCUUGUGUGGCAGUCGCAGGUGGGCCCGUCGGCGUGGAUGGGAAUGCAGACGGGUGAGGCAUUGAAGGGCCUCGCACGACUAGGGCGGAAGCAAGUUGUGUUGGUACCGAUCGCGUUCACGAGCGAUCACAUCGAAACCUUGUACGAACUUGACUUGGAGUACGCCAGGGAGGCGAGGGAGCAUGGCAUGGACGUGCAUCGUGCGGAAUCGCUCAAUGAAUCGCCUGUGUUCAUCCGUGCGCUGGCGGACAUGGCGUCGGCCCACCUGAAAGACAUCACGACAGGGAAGAGCGGGCCGACGAGCAUCCAGAUGGCGCUGCGGUGUCCGGGAUGUACGAACGCGACGUGUGGACAGCAGAAGACGUGGUUUGCACGCGGUGGGCGCUAG